UUCUGCAGAAAUCAGGGAAGGAUGUGCAAAUGUGAUAAGCUGGCUUUCACUUUCCAAAGUUUCUAAGAAAAGGUCCCUUCCUCGCUGCUGUGGUUAAUUGUUUGAUCUGAAUGCUCUGAAGGAUAAACUGAAAACAACAUAAAGCUGGAAGGAAUGCAAUGCAGCAUGAAGUUGAGAUUAAAGUAAAUGGAUGUCUGCUGUUAGAGGCCUUCCAGAGUUCCAAAAACGAAGCAGAAUUUUCAAGUUAAAUUAUUAUGAGUAGCCCGGCAGAGUACUUUUCAAUGACCAUCAGGAGACCAAAAAUGUACUGUGGCCUUGGCUUUCUUCCCAUUGGAUUCUGUGCCCUUUCUACUGUUGCUGUGAUCACAACGUAUGUUUUAGCAGUCUCUAAUAACCAUGUGUACCCAGUUUUUCCAACUAUAAGUGAAACUGGAGAAGAGGAACCAGAGAGGAAUGUUUUUUCUCUCCUGUUGAGUCUUUCAAGCUUUAUAGCUUUCAUCAUUGUGAUUAUCAGAUAUAAACAGUAUAAUUUUGUGUCAGAAUAUAAUGAACAAGAACAGAGAAAGAUUGUCAAAAUCAACAGGCUUGGUCUGAUUGUUGGAAUAAUAGUCUGCGUUGGUGGUGCAAUUGUAGCAUCAUUUCAGGCUGACAGAGGAGCAUCAUUACAGGGACAUCUGGCUGGAGCAACCUGCACGUUUGCAGGAGGAAUCCUUUACAUGUGGAUAAACACAUAUCUGUCCAUGAAAAUGAUUGAUUGUGGGAUCAACAGUAAGGCACUUUGUGCAUUCAGGCUCCUUGCUUCCUUCAUCAGCUUUUUUGCAUUCAUUCUUUGCAUUGCAACCAGAUAUAUAUCAAUACACGAGUCAAACAAUGGUACUAAUAAACCUGGUAAGAGGGAAUGCUGGAAGCCUGAACAAAGUGGUUAUGAGAUGCAUUUAGUUAGCAGCAUAGCAGAAUGGAUAACAGCUUUUACAUUCCUGGCAUAUUUUCUCUCAUUUUAUAGAGAAUUUGAUCGGAUUUCCAUUGAAUUUACAGUAAGAGGGACAAAUAUUGCCGCACUUCCAUUUGAAGUUAGUGGUGAUGAAAGAAAUACUCCUUUACUGGCGUGACAAUCAGAGUACUGGGGUAACUUGAGUGACAGGACUGAGGAUGGACCUCAUGGAAUCUAUGGUGCACUUUGAUAUGACCACCGGUUACAGAAUCCUGUCUUUUGUUUAACAGCCAUUUAUUUCUUUGUUUCUCACACACAUCAUUGCUAGAAACUAACAAGUAUAAUUACUCAUGUUAGAAAAGCGGUUGUAAACAGCUAUUUGUGCCUGUCAGAAGGACCAGUGAAGAAAAGGUUGAUCUGCAAGUUGUGUGGUUUGUGUGGUUUUGUUGUUGUUUGCUUCCUGUCAACCAGUAGGUUUGCACUAUUAAGAAUGAUCCUCAAUUUUGUUGCUUGGGCCCUCAGUACAAUGUCAGAUGUAUCAAAUGUAAAUACCUGCUGUCUGAUCAAGAAAUCUUUUUUUGAUUGCUUUUUUAAUGUGAAGCAAAUCUUAACUCCAGCAUUAAUGUUUAGGAUUUUUAGAUUUUGACAUUGCAUCAUGAAAUUCUUCAAGAUAUGUGAAAUCAGUUAAACGGUUUGCAAAUUGGCUGAUAUGGUUACCUCAUGAGUAUUGGCUCUUCCCCCAUCAAAUCACUGAAAUUUUGUCUCUGUUCUUAUUUUUAUGAACAAAGCCAAAAUAACAGUAAUUGGUCAGCAAAUUGCAAAUAUUUUAUUGGCCAUGUCUCACUAAAUUGAUUUGGCAUAUUUUGAUGUAUUUGGUGUUGUUCUUUUAGCUUUUGUUGUCAAAAAUAAAAAAUUCUGAAAAUAUAAGUCUAUAUAACUUUGAGAAAUUUGCACCCAUAGUUGAUCUUCCCCUUAUUAAUUUAUGAAAUGCAUUCCCUUCAUUAAACUCUUUAUUUGAAAUUACCGUUAUUGCUUUAAUUCUUAUUUAUGAACUUGUGUUAAAGCUGCAAUUCAUUUUUAGAUGUUUUUAAGAUAAAAAACUUAAUAGUAAAUUUAUUAUCAGACAUCUUAGUUCUAUGAUCGUUAUUCUUUGUGUUGUUAAAUUAAUCUGAAAUGUAAUUUUAUGAUGUAGAAAUCGCCUAGCAAUUAGUUGUCAACAGGUGCAAGAGCAAAAUGCUGUUAUUGUUUGGUUUAAAGGUAAAGUUGAACAUAAAUG